UUCAGAACUAAAAACCAACACUGAAAACACGAAGCCCUAAAUCAAACCUAAAUCCCUAAAUCCCUAGGUCGAAGGUUUAAGAACGACGAUGAUGGACGAAGCUUAACAACAACGAAGCUUGGACGAAGGUUGAGAAGAAUGGAUGGGGAAGGUUCGUACAGUAGUUCUGGUGUCAAUAAUAGAAGGUUGAGAGUAGCUGGUGGUUCAAACCAUGAAAGGGAACCUCAAAAUUGCUACUGUGGUAUCCCGUGGAUUUCAAGAACAUCGAACACAGAGGCAAACCCAGGUCGUCGUUUCAGGAGGUGCAGAUUUUCAAGUGCUGAUGGAGGAUGUAAGUUCUUUGAAUGGAUGGAUGUUGAAUCUUGUGGAAGGUGCAGAGAAAUAAUUCCAGGACUUUUGAGAAAGAUAACCAAACUUGAAGAUCAAUUGAUGUUGUAUGAAGCAAAUGAACAUUUGCAAGCAAAUCAAGAUUUGGGAAAGGUUCAUGGUUGUGAUUGUGGGCACAUAUGGGUACUGAGAAAUUGGAGAAAAAUUCUGAUGAUUACUUGUGUAUUUGUUUUUGUAAGUUAUCUGGUGAAGUAGUGCUAAUCUCUAUGUAAUGGCAAUUUUCAAUUUUAUGUAAUGGUAUUAUGUAAUGGACAUGGCACUUGUAUUGCCAUUGUUAAUGGAAUGUAUUUUUGGUACAAUAUGUGGUACUGGUACUGGUUUUGGUACAAUAUGCAA